CCCUGUGAAUGGGAUGUGAUGUGAGGGGAGGGAGAUGCCUGUUAUUGACUAGUGUUGUUGGAUUGUCCUCAAGCUCAGGGAAGAUGGGGAAGUAGGGUCAGGAGGCACUGUCUGGAGCAGGAGUAGAGGUGUGGGGCCCAGCUGCUCACCCAGUGUAAGAAAUCCUCUAGUAUAGACCCCCUUGCCAGCAAGACCUGGAAUAAGGUGGGCAAACAAUGGUGUUUGAGAAUAGGAGAUCUGGGCCCCCAACCAGGUAGCCGUUGGGCGCCUCAGUGGAUAAAGGAAGGAAACUGUGGUCCUUAUCUAGGGUGGCUACGAAACUCAGGCCAGAGGGAACCAGGCCUGCAGAAGCAACAUUAUAUGUGAUUGUGGGCUAGGCCCUGGGCUGGUGCUGCUGGGGCCCCAUCUGUGGGGACAUUUGAGUCCUUGCCCAAAGUCUCCUGAGCUGGGCAGAGUUGGAGAAGGGGCCAUGGGCUUUGGGCCCCAGGCAAGAAAGGCAGUAGAGAGAAGGGAAGGUGAGCUGAUGGGUGAGUGCAUGGGGCCUAAGGGUCACCCGGCAAUUGAAAAGGCUGGGAGCUGAAGGAAAGCUGAUAUGUAAGGAGAUGGAAGGGACAGGGGAACUCCUGGGGGCAGCGUUUCCUCCAUGGAGAACCUCAGGUGGGUGUGAACAGGAGGCAUGAUGUCUGGUUUGCACCUUAUGUGUGCAAGGUUGGCCAGCCAUAUUGGACUUCUAGAGAUAAAACGGCCAGCAAGUAUUAGCUGGGUUGACUGUCCACACACAGUGAGGUUCUAGGGAGGACAAAUUUAUAACCACAGUGGGUAGAGACCAGGACCCGUGGGUUCUGCCCCAGUCUUCAGCAUUCACCAUUACUCUCAGCCUUCCUCCAGUAUGUGGCAGGGCACAUGGGUCCAUACACCCUGCCCCCCUCCACCUGAGGUAUAAAGGAUGGGUCUCUUCCAGGCCACCUGUAUCAUCAGCCCAGCAUGGCUGUUAUUGAUAGGAGGAGAGCCCCUGUAGUCUGAGGAGAUGCCACUGCUUGAAGACUGGCCUUAAUCUCCAGCCUGGCACUGAGCCACCUGCAGCCUAACAGGAGUUAACCUUGGCUCCCAGCCUGACUCAGCUGAGCCUGGAUCCUACGAGUAGGCAAGAGCUCACUCUGAGUCCCUGGCCCAGCUACUCUGACCUCUACCCUAGACCCUCUGCACUGGAUGGAGCUGAUCCUGAGUAACAGCCCAGCUAAACUGACUCUGGGUCCUGCUUGCCAACCAGAGUUGACCCUGAGAUUCAACCUGACCAAGCUAACCCUGGAUCCCACACACCAGCCAGAGGUGACCCUGAGCCCCAGGCUAGCUGAGCUGACCCUGGAUUCCACAUGCCAUCCAGAGAUGUCCCUCCGUCCUGACCCAGCUGAGCUAACCCUGGAUCCCAGACACCAGCCAGAGGAGACCCCACUCCCCAGCCUGGCUGAGUUGACACUGGAGCCUGUGCAUUGUCGACCUGAGCUCCUGGAUGCUUGUGCUGACCUCAUCAAUGACCAGUGGCCCCGCAGCCGUGCUUCUCGCCUACACUCCUUGGGCCAGUCCUCAGAUGCCUUCCCUCUCUGCCUGAUGCUGCUGAGUCCUGGUCUUACCCCUGAAGCAGCUCCCAUUGUGGUGGGUCAUGCCCGUCUGUCACGAGUGCUGGAUCUGCCCCAGAGCCUCUUAGUGGAAACAGUGGUUGUGGCCCGAGCCUUUAGGGGCCGUGGCUUUGGCCGCCGUCUCAUGGAGGGCCUGGAAGUCUUUGCUCGGACCCGGGGCUUCCGUCGGCUGCACCUUACCACUCAUGAUCAGCUAUACUUCUAUGCCCACCUGGGCUACCAGUUGGGUGAGCCUGUUCAAGGCCUUGUCUUCACCAGCCAACGGCUGCCCUCCACCCUGCUCCGUGCCUUCCCAAGGGCCCCCUCUUCCCGGCCAUCCUGCAAAGUCCCAAGCCUGACUGCCCAAGCAGCCCCAAGGGGACCUAAGGGGCCUCCACUGCCACCACCCCCUCCCCUGCCCCAGCCCACCUCACCCUCAUCUCCAGAAGGGCCCCUUCCACAAAGCCUGCUGGAGACACAAUACCAAGACCUCAGGGGAUGCCCCAUAUUCUGGAUGGAAAAAAAUAUCUGAGGGCCCCUUGGGACAAAGCACUGCCCUUCUGAGUCCCUGAACUUCCCAGAACAAUACCAGCCUCAGCCCACUGACCAUAUUUCAUCCCUUAACCCCUGGGGGCAGCUUUAGCCUGGGUAUGUUUCCUGGGUAUCAGAGGGGGGCUAAAUGGGGUAGCUCCAGUAGCUCUGGCUUAGAGUCAUCAGUGUAGCUGAAUAAAGGCUUCUGUUGAGUGUA